CACCCCCCAACAACAUCUUUCUUCCCUCCUUCCUCUUUCGUAUAUAAUCUCUUUCUCUUUCUUUUACAGUCAGGUUCAUCAGUCUACCAGCCAUGCGUGAAAUCGUCCAUCUCCAAACUGGUCAGUGUGGGAACCAAAUCGGGGCCAAAUUCUGGGAGGUCGUCUCUGAAGAGCACGGCAUCCAGGCCGACGGUUCAUACAAAGGAACCACCGACCUUCAACUUGAGCGUAUCGACGUUUACUACAAUGAAGCAGCUCAAGGCAAAUACGUUCCUCGUGCCGUCCUCAUCGAUCUAGAGCCAGGAACCAUGGACUCUAUUCGCAGUGGACCGCUGGGUAGUCUGUUCCGUCCCGACAAUUUUGUCUUCGGCCAGAGUGGUGCUGGUAACAACUGGGCCAAAGGUCAUUACACCGAAGGUGCCGAGCUUGUCGACUCCGUCCUCGAUGUCGUCCGUCGAGAAGCUGAGGGUUGUGACUGUUUACAAGGUUUCCAAAUCACUCACUCCCUCGGUGGUGGUACCGGUGCCGGUAUGGGUACCUUGCUCAUCUCUAAAAUCCGUGAAGAAUACCCCGACCGAAUGAUGUGCACUUUCUCCGUCGUCCCUUCGCCCAAGGUAUCCGACACCGUUGUCGAGCCUUACAACGCCACCUUGUCCGUGCACCAGCUCGUCGAAAACUCUGACGAGACUUUCUGCAUCGACAAUGAAGCGCUUUACGACAUUUGUAUGCGAACUCUCAAACUCGCCACUCCCACUUACGGCGAUUUGAACCACCUCGUCUCCGUCGUCAUGUCAGGUAUCACUACCUGUCUCCGCUUCCCGGGUCAGCUCAACUCUGAUCUGCGGAAAUUGGCUGUCAACAUGGUUCCUUUCCCUCGACUGCACUUCUUCAUGGUUGGGUUCGCGCCUCUCACCUCUCGUGGUUCGGCUUCCUACAGGGCUGUCACGGUGCCUGAGCUCACUCAACAAAUGUUCGAUGCCAAGAACAUGAUGGCUGCUUCGGAUCCCCGACAGGGACGCUACCUCACCGUCAUGUGCAUCUACCGUGGCAAAGUGUCAAUGAAAGAGGUUGAAGAUCAGAUUCAAAGUGUUCAGACCAAGAACUCUGCCUACUUCGUGGAAUGGAUUCCUGACAACGUGGCCUGUGCUCAGUGUGACAUCCCUCCUCGUGGUCUCAAGAUGUCAGCUACCUUCAUUUGCAACUCCACCUCUAUUCAAUCGCUCUUCAAACGUAUCGGCGAGCAGUUCUCAGCAAUGUACAAACGAAAGGCCUUUGUACAUUGGUACACCGGUGAGGGUAUGGACGAGCUGGAAUUCUCCGAGGCCGAGUCAAACUUGCAAGAUUUGGUCUCCGAGUACAUGCAAUAUCAAGAAGCCGGAGCGGAAGACGAGAUGUACGACGAACAAGAGAUGCCCGUCGAGGAAGAGGAGGAGGCUUAGGGUGUGCACGAAGAGGCUUCUUUCCACUUACUCCAUAUUCGUCCCCACUUCUUUAUUCACGACAACGACGCCUCCUUCACCUUUAGAUCUUGGAAUCUCGUCUUCCUUCUUAGUUCCAACGCCACACCCAGAGCUGUAGUCUUUGGUGUCUCGUGAUGAGACGGUGUGCUGCGUGAUUGUUCUGACAUGCACUGGCUGUUGAGCUGUACUGA